UCCGGCUGCGCACGUGGGGACACGAGAAGAGCGUCUUUGCAGCUGCUUAGCGUCUUGGCUAUGUCGCGACGACAAACGCUAUCACCUGUGGCGCGAAUCGACAAGCAAGGAGCUCUUAGCAAACUACAACAUUAUCCGACAAUGACUCCCGCUUGAGUUCCAGUCUUGGCAGCCUCCCCUUCCACUUUGCUCCUCUUUUUUUUCCCCCUAAUCCCGCUCUCUCCAAUUUGAGUCCCAGCACACCAUUAUGGUAGAUAAAGGCCCCUUGUUGACAUCUGCUGUUAUUUUCUACCUGUCCAUUGGGGCAGCCAUUUUUCAAGUCCUGGAGGAGCCCAAUUGGAAGCUGGCUGCAAAGCAGUACAAACUCCAGAAGGAAAAAAUACUUAAGGACUAUCCCUGUCUGACGAAAGAUGAUUUGGACAAAAUAUUACAGAUAGUCUCCGAUGCUGCUGGCCAAGGAGUCACCAUCACAGGCAACAAGACCUUCAACAACUGGAACUGGCCAAAUGCUGUCAUCUUUGCUGCUACUGUCAUAACUACUAUUGGAUAUGGAAACAUUGCCCCCAAAACAUCAACUGGACGUGUAUUUUGUAUCUUCUAUGGGCUCUUUGGUGUGCCUUUGUGUCUUACCUGGAUCAGCGAGCUUGGGAAGUUCUUUGGUGGACGAGCCAAGCACUUUGGCCAAUAUCUAACCAAGAAAGGAUUUUCACUGAGAAAGGCUCAGUUUACCUGCACAGCUAUUUUUCUUCUCUGGGGGGUGCUGAUCCAUUUAGUCCUUCCACCUUUUGUUUUUAUGUCCCAGGAGGGUUGGACAUACGUCGAAGGCUUGUACUUCUCCUUUGUCACCUUGACGACAAUUGGUUUUGGUGACUUGGUAGCAGGUGUGGAACCCAACAAAGAUUACCCCACUCUAUACCGUUACUUUGUGGAGGUUUGGAUUUAUCUCGGGUUGGCCUGGCUUUCCUUGUUCUUCAACUGGAAAGUGCGAAUGGUGAUCGAAGCCCACAAAGCGCUGAAGAAACGACGCAAGCUCCGCAAACUAUCUCUAGAUGAGCUGCGGCACUACAAAGAGUCUCACAAAGCUGCACUUCACAUGCCGCCCACUCCCAAGGAUGUCAACAUCUUCAGCUUCCUGUCUAAGAAGCAAGAAGGCUACAAUGACCUCAUCAAGCAGAUUGGCACGAAAAGCGAUGAGCGAGACAACGGCAGCGCGGGGAAGGUCAUCAGCAGUACCAAAGACAAGUCUCGGUCCAAGAGCUGCAAUGAUACUCCCAUGUUUAAUGGCCACACUAUUCUCAGUUUAGAGCGUUCACCACGGCACAAGAGACGAUACAGCUUCAGUGACCGUGUCACUGUUGCUUUCUCAAAGUCGAAGAACUACCUCCUGGGCUCUGACAACGGUUUGCUGCUAACAGAGGAUCAUGUUGACAGGGACGCCGAACUUGACCAAAGCCAAAUAUAUGAGAACCAGCUUGACAAAGAUGUGGACCUGGAGAAUCCAGGAUUGGGAGAUUGUGGAAGAAGUGGUCGAAGGACGUGGGAUUCUAAAGACUACCAUCCCCUUAUGUUCCAAAAUGCAAACAUUACCUUCAUUGAUGAGGAAAACUUUCUUAGUAAUAAUCUGGAGGAGGACGAGGAUGAUGAUUCCAAAGCAAAACUGUCGAUAACAACUUGUGAUGAAAACAUUGAAACCAACUCCAAGGAGGAAGAGUGUUCAGUGUCGGACGACUCUGUUUUUAGCAGUGAUGUUUCUGAACACAGCCACUCUUAUGAGAAGCUUGUAGAGGAAUAUGCAAAGGAAGACAAUACAGAACCUUGAAAGAAGUCAAAACGGACUCCCUUAUUAACUGUGACGGUGUUGAAGUUUUUCUAAUGUGAAGUCUUCGAAAAACUGGACAGCCCAUUGCACUUUGGGGUAGGAAAAGGAAAAAAGGCCUAGCAGAAUGAUUGUUUCCUUUCUUUUGUGACAAAUGAAAAUCUAUCGUUUGAGCUAGUGGUGCUUCCUGGAAUCAUGUUUUCUUACCACCUCACUUCCUAUGAACUCAAUGUUUCAUUAUCAGCUCUAUUUAUGUCCUUUGUAGAGAUGUUUUCCAAAUACCUAAAUCAUGAUGAAAUUGAUGAUUUCCUAUUCUUUUCUGUGCGUAGUCUAAUCUGGGAUCAUAUGUAUGUUGAAACAUAUUAGCUUUCACACACACCAUAUUGGUGUUACAAUAUUUAAGAAGAUGGGCAUGGUAGUCUUCAGUAGCUGGUGUGGGUUUAUGUGUCUCUCAUUGCACAAUUCCACCCAAUGAGGACAGAGCAAAGUCCAUUCCAGUGCAGAUUGUUGUUAUUUUUUAACCUGUACCAAACAUUUGUCCUUAGGGCAACCUUUUUUUCCCCUUUGGUUCCUCAGUCCUUGAUGAAUAGCUGUCUAUUCGGAGAUUGCUUUCUGUUUUGACUAUACACAACGAACAAGCGGCUCCCCUAAGGUCAGCAAGUCUACACUAGUGACUUAUAAAGACCUACAGUCAGCCCGAGGUACAAUGUUAAAGGAGAAAAAACACGUGAGCAGGAAAGCAUUGCUGGUUAAUGGAAAUUAGUGAUGUGCGAUACCACUGAUUUCGUUUCCCAUACCGAAUAAAAUUCAGGCUGGUAUCAGCGAUACUGAUGUGAUACCGAUACUUUGUGCAAAUUCACCUAAUGUGUCUGGUAAAAUAUGAAAAGUGUGUGUAUUUCAUACCAUACCAUAAAGAAUACAAGAUAUUUACGUCAUUUAUUUAAUAAAUAAAUUAAUUUAAAUGAUGAAUUAAAAUAAAUUCAUAAUGUAAUAAUUGAAGUUACUUAUUUUAAACCCUGCAGGGCUGCAGGGUGAUUUACAAUGUAGCCAAGCAAAUAUACAACAACAGAAAAAACAGGACAAAAUCAUAUCAAAUAUGUGAAAAGGGUGUUGUAAACACAAAAAAACAAAUAAAUAAAAUAAUAAAACCAUUCAAAUAAAUGAUUAAUUACUAAGAACUACAUAAGAAGGAAGAAUGUAUUCACAAUUCACGCAUGGCUCUGUCAUCAGUCAUGGCUUCAACAGACAAAGUUUCAGACAAACAUGGCCUCAAAUGACAGAAGUAUCAAAAGUAUCUAUGUUUGCUUUGAGCAUCGAUUUUAGAGCGUGAACGUGUGGUAUCGGGAGUAUCAUUAUUUCACACAUCACUAAUGGAAAUAUCCACCUGAGGAGACAACAGAAUGUGAUAUUAAAAGUUAGUCACUUUAUUUGUUUAGUAUGUUAUGUUGCUGACACCAUCAAGUGGAACUUUUUGGGCCCUUUUAAUGUGGCAAAAUGAUUUGACAUUUCACGAAGAUAUUUUUACUUUUUUCUCUCCAGCCCCAAUUCAUUGCAUUGUGUUUAUCGUGUAAAUAUUGGCGGAAAGCCCAUCAGGAGCCACAAACACACCUCUCUCGAGGGCACGGCCUUGCUACUUGUUUGCCUUUGGGGGCUCACAUUGACACAAAUGACUGUAGUACUGCAAAUGACAGCCAGCAAGGUUAACAUGCAGCAGAUCAAUGCUCUCGUGACGUGUGUGUAUCAGCCCUGAGCCAAAGUCAGCAGAAAUACUCCUCUCUGUUCACGUAAAUCGAAACUGUUGAGUGGAGCAGUUAAAACUCCUGUCAACGGCCUUUACUUGCUCACCUACUGCCUUUUGCACUCGCUAACAUGCGCACACACCUUGAAAAACUUGAAACAGUGUUACUAUGAAUAGGAAAAUACCUGCGAUCGCAGUGCCACACAGGGUUUGUUGUCGAUUUUGAAGUCUCAAGUUAUUUCAAGUUAAUGUAUGAUAAAUAUUGGGUAAUGUUUGAAGUUUUUGUGGCACAUGGAUCACCUUCUGCCUUUUACUGCCUUAAAUUUACUGCAUCGUUGAAGAAACAAUGUACAGCACAGUUUCGCAUUGUAGUAAUUCACUCAAAUUGUGAAAUGUUUCACACAAGGUCUUUUUAUAUGUACGUUUUUUUCCCUCAACAUUUCUGGGUAGCAUUUUAUGUGCAUUUGUCCUUUUCAUAAUUAUGGUGGAUGUUUAGUGCAGCGUUGUCAUGCAGUCCAAGUACAUGUCCUGACAUUAUUUACGGUACUUCUUUCAGGUUAAACCCAUCGGUCUACAUUUUCCAUCGUGUAAGAACUCCACUAUGGCCAUGUAUUAACUUUUUUAUGAUUAAGUUAUUGCUUGCAAAUGUUUGUAUAUGAAUACCAAACGAUACUGUAUACUUCAUGUAAAAUAAACAUUGAAACUUGGCUUGAUGAUUAUACUUCUU